AUGGGCAUCGCGGGGCUCGCCCGACGCCUUGAGGCGCAUGCGAGUCGAUAUACUCCCCAGGACCUGAGUGGAUAUAACGCCAUCAUCGACGGUCCCUCCCUUGCAUAUCACGCCCAUAAGCUGGCUCUGGCUGUUCGAGACACAAGCAACGUGCCGCGCAUCCCGUCGUACGCCGACAUUACUCAACAAGCUCUCCGCUGGCUUAGAACCCUUGAGGUUAUUAAUAUCAAGGUUACAGCCAUCUUGUUCGACGGAGCGCUUCCAGACACUAAGCAGGCUGAACGAAUAGCCAGAACAGCACGCUACAAUCAGCAAGUCAAUGGGCUGAGAUGUAAUUAUCCGUCUACAGCCUGUCCCAUACCGACCUCUCUCGGUUCGGUCUCUUAUUCCUUCCUCGCGCCAGCUCUGCGAGAGGCACUGGCAAAUAGCGAAUACGCCCGUAUCACAUUUAAUGUUCCAGGAGAAGCUGAUGACUGGUGCGCGCUGCGAGCCAAAGAGGAGCCGCCGUCGCUAAUCUUCAGUGACGAUACCGAUCUUUUACUUUACGAAUACCCACAAGACUUCCGGCUUUUGUUCUAUAGGGAUACUGAGCUCUGGCCCGAACCAAAGUUCAAGGGCUACUCGCCGUCCUCUAUAUGCAAAGAAUUCGGCCUUGCCAGUCUUAGGCCUUUCGCAUAUUGCUUGACUCAAGAUGCUCACAGUCCCGAAAGUAGGCUAAUCGGACAAGCUCAAAGCGUUGACAUAACUUCACAAACCUAUCUCGACUUCAUCAAGCGCUACGAUGUUGUCCCGAAUAUCAAAGACCUCUUCCUAACAAAUCAGGCUAUUUCAUCGCUGCAAAGUCUAGAUGUCAGGGUCUCGGAGUUCAUUUGUCAGGGUAUAAACUCAAGUGUCGAACCCGUUAUUUAUCUUCCUUUUCUCGUCGAAGACCAACACCGAGCUUCAGCAUGGACCCACGGCCAGGAUCUGCGGACUAUUUCCUACACUCUUUUCGCCACAGACUCCUCCAAGGUCCAAGAGCAUAAACGUAAAGCUCAGAAGGUCGCUGUUCAAGAUGUCGAGCUGUACCCACCUCAAGAAAGAUUGGCCAUAAUACAGACAUAUGCCCGCAACAUCAGUGCUUGGUUAGAAUGGACAAUUGAGCGAGACGUUCCUCAAAGCCUUGUGUGGCCUCUGUUUGCGAUUGGGAUCGUUCUUCGUGAUCUGAAAACACCUCCAGGUAUCGAACUCUGGCUACAUGUACUCAGCGCCGAUUUCGACAAUACUUGGGACCUCGUCCACCUCACCGCCUGCCUCCAUGCCGCCUUAUAUUCUCUUCGCUUCCUCAAACAAUGUGUUGAAGUGUGGCUAUCUCUCCACAAGGAUGGCUCACCUCCACUGCUCCUAUUUGCCAGUCAAUUACAUGCCGAUUUGCGGAGCAUGGGCCCAAUUACGGAUUUGUUCCUUGUGCCGGGGCAGGCAAGAAAACCGCAAGGUGAGCAGGAACUACUGCGAGAGCUUAUUGCUGAAGUGUACACUUCCGCGAACGUGGAGGUUCCUGUUGAGCGCAAGUCGAACAAGAGCGUGAAAAAGCAGCAGAGGGAGGUUGAGCGGAAGGAGAGGCGAAAGCAGGAACGUGGCGUAAAAGUGGGCAACAACUCGUUCGAUGUGCUCAAGUUCAUGAACGUGCGGCACACUUGA